AUGUUGCCCCCUCGCGUGGCCAUGAGCGUGGUGCCCGCGCUCACCCGGUCGGCGAGCGUGGCCUCCGCCUCCGCCAAAGAGAGCCCCCCCAAAGACAAAAAGGAGGGCGACAUCUCCGACGCCUUCGUCUCGCUGUCCGGGGCCCCGCGCGAGCCGCUGCCGGACCGGUUCCGCCUGCUCAAGCGCGACCUCGUGCGCGGCAGGGAGGCGGCGGUGGCGGCGGGAUGGAGGCGGCUGCUGGGGCGGCUGCGCGCGGAAAACGACGUGGUCGCGGCGCGGGGGUCGGCCGUGAUCCCGCAGGUCGAGCUCGCGGACCUCGAGGGCGGGUGCGCGCGGCUCCGGGACGAGAUACGGAAGCGCGGCGCCGUGGUGGUGCGGGGUGUGAUUCCCGAGGCCGAGGCGCGCGCGUACAAGGACGAGGUGGAGGCGUACGUGGCGGCGAACCCGCACACCCGGGCGUUCCCGCCCGACGACCCGCAGGUCUUUGAGCUGUACUGGUCCGCCCCGCAGCUCAAGGCGCGCGCGCACCCGUCGCUGCUGCGCGUGCAGCGGCACCUCAUGACGUCGCUGUGGCACGCUGCGUCUGCGUCUGCGCCGGUCUCGCUCGCGCACCCGCUCACGUACGCGGACCGGCUGCGGAUCCGGCAGCCCGGGGACGGCCGGUUCGCGCUGGGCCCGCACAUGGACGGCGGCAGCGUCGAGCGGUGGGAGCCGCGCGGGUACGGGCUGGGCGGCGUGUACGAGCGGGUGCUGGCGGGCGACUGGGAGGCGCACGACCCGUGGGAGGCGGGCGGGCGCGUGGCGGCGGCGAGCAAUCUAUACGACGGGCUGGGCGCGUGCUCCGUCUUCCGCGCCUGGCAGGGCUGGCUGAGCAUGAGCCGCGCGGCGCCGGGCGAGGGCACGCUGCUGGUGAACCCGCUGAUGCACCUGGCGACGGCGUACGUGCUGCUGCGGCCCUUCUUCCGCGCCGUGGACCCGGCGAGGACGGGCGCGGCGCUGCUCGACGAGGACAACUGGGUGCUGGCCGGCGACGAGGACAUGACGAGCGACCUGCAGGGCGCGUCCCCGGGGCACGGCCAGGAGCUCAGCGAGGCGCUGCAUCCGCACCUGGAGCUGGGGCGGACCAUGGUGCACGUGCCCGAGAUUCGGCCGGGCGAUUUCGUCGCCUGGCACUGCGACACCAUCCACGCCGUGGACCGCGUGCACGCCGGCGCGUCCGACUCGAGCGUGCUGUACAUCCCCGUGUGCCCGACGACCGAGGCCAACGCGGCGUACGUGGCGCGGCAGCGGGCGGCGUUCCGGGCGGGGACCCCGGCGCCCGACUUUCCCGGCGGCGAGGGCGAGAGCCGGCACGCGGGCCGGCCGUCCGAGGCGGCGCUGCGGGGGUGGGCCGGCGCGGGGGGGCGGCAGGCGUUUGGGCUGGAGAGGCUGGAGGCGGGCGAGGGCGAGGGCACAGACGCGGGCGCGGGCGCGGGCGCGGGCGCGGGCGCGGGCACGCAGGCCGGCGAGCGGGAGGCGGUGGCGCGGGCGAAUGCCAUGCUGGGGUUUGCCGUGCAGCGUGAAGAACGUGGUGGGUUCUUGACUCCUUGA